AUGUCUACUGAAGAUAGUUUAUUAAACUUAAAUAUUAUAGAGAAUACUUCGGAGAUAAAUGCAAACAAAGAACAUGGAAAUCGAAAAAAAUAUCUUACCGAUUAUUUUUCAACAAGAAAUAACGAACCCGAGAAGGUGGUGGUGUCAAAAAGUGUCCAGGUGAGCUUGGGGGUUUGUAUGUCAGAUGAAAAUUUCUGUUCAGAUUUACCAUCAGAAAAGUACUGGAAUUUAGUUGCUGAAAAGAAACGAAUAGAAUUACAAGAUGCCUUAGAUGAAAAUGAGAGAUUACAUAAACUAAAAGAAUCAUUAGUUAAACAAAAUACGCAUUAUAAGCAAAUGCUUGAAGAAGCUAAUAGUUUCAUUGAUGUAUUCAAAGAAGUUGUGCAGGACACAGCUGAUGAUACUGGCAUUGAUGUUGAUGAUGUCAAUGAUUCGAGUGAU